AUGUCCAGAACACUUUCCAAAUCCUUGCCUCUAUCGGGAGUCCUCGCUUCAGGCCCUCCGAGUCCUAAAUCGCCAAGGUCCCCAAAGGACACCAAAGUUUCAUGGCCACAGAGGAAGACCGUGCAGCGCUUGCAAGGAAAUGCGAGGGCGGUGGUUUGCGCAGGCAGACUACACAAGGCUUCUCCGGUAGUCGAUCAUGCAGAAAUUCCCGAUCGAGUGUUGGGAUCUCUAAAGAACUUUGUUCCAGAAGACUUCCUGACGAGUUUCAAAGAUUGGAUCGAACUCCCAGACGGACAUGACGACGAAGGUAGCAUCCUCUCAAGGGAUGCAUCCAUACCAAUGGAGGAUUACAUGUCGCAGCUGCAUAAGCAGAGGUGUGCGACUCCUUGCGCGACAGAUGCGCCUAGAGUCCUUGCAGGCCAGCGACGGAAACAUGAUUGUCUCGGAAACAAGCUGACAAGGCGGCGGCAGGAUUGUCCGCGGCACGAACAAAUGAAGGAACUCCUGCCACAUCUUCCACCGGAACCGCCAAGACUGAGCAGGUCGGUGCGGAAAGCUCGGGCUGAGCUUGCAGCGCAGCACUCCGAGAGAGAGCGCCUCAAGGUGGAAGAGCAGAGGGUCGAGGCCCGGCGACGGCUUUGCCUCUGUCGAUUCCGAGCCAUCGGCUUCGCCGUUCUUCGACGGCUUCGGGACGAGGACGAAGACUUCUUGGAGGCCGUCCGAACAAAUCCGGUGAUGCCCAUGACUCCGUGCACGAGCGAAGAGGGCUUGGAAGAUGCAGCUGGUCCGGGACCGAAGCUCUUCGAACAUCGACUGAAACAGGCCCGGCGGCGAAAAGCUUCGACCCCCGGCCGGAGUGCUCAGCGCGAGGAGCUCGCAACUCGAGGCAAUUUUCGAGCAAAAUUCAUCGAUGACUUGGUCACCUUGGAGCCCCGCAUCGAAACGCAGCCGCUCCUGGCCUUCAUGGAUCAGGGAGAAGCUGCUGCAAUCGUGCAGAAAGGUCGCAAAGCCAGCAAAUCCUCCAGGCAGAAGGACAGCUCCCCCGCAGCUCGAGGUGCCGCUCCCGAAGAGGAGCCCAAGGACGCCCAAAGUGAUGCAAAGGCUUCCCCAGGACCCACCGCGGCCGCGAAGAUCGCAGCCAGACGGGUGAAGCUGCAGCGUAUGCUUGACGUUCUGGAUCCAGGCACUUGCAGAGCUGCGGAUUUCUGUGGAAGCUUGGCGGCACGCGAACAAGUUUGA